CCGCGAGGAACCAAGACUUUAUGCCGGAGCCACAAAAUGCUCUAGCUACCGAAUUUCCUCCACUAUUUUUUUCCCCCGAAAUAGUCGUGAACGGAUUGAAACCUCGAUACAGUUCUUUCAUCACUGCUUUAAAUGACUAAAACAUCAUUUAAAUCUAUGUGUCCAUAUAAACUCGUCUUGGUGGUGCACGUUAAGCUUCUCGGCCUAGUUAGCUUAGCUUAGCUCGCUAGCCGCUAACAAAGAGACGCGUUUGUCAGCAACGCAUCGCAAAUGAGAGAACGCCUGUGAAAGUGUUGUGAUUACCGUACGAAAAUGCAUGCAAGAAUGACAGUAAAGGACGAUGAGGAACUUUCUGGAACGAAAGAGGAGGACGAGCCACAACGUCAACUUCUGGACGCUGUUCGCAUACAGGCUCGUGUUGUGUUUCCCAGAGCAGGUUUUUGGGGCAUGGAGGUGAAGGCGACGCCACAGAGGUAAGCGAGCUGGAGUGCAGGUCAAGCUCCGUAAGAGAGGAUUCCGAAUGCCGAUCCCGUCGAUUCACAUCACAAAUCUACGCUCCCUACACAAAGAAAUGGACGAGCUCCAUCUUCUCACAAAGACCAGUAAAGACUUUGGGCGUUCCGCCGCCCUGUGCUUCACGGAGCCAUGGCUUUGUGAACGCAUCCCAGAUGGCGGCGUAAUGCUUCUGGGGUUCCAACUACGCCGGGCAUACUCCCUCACAGAGUUAUCGGGGAAAACAAAAGGCGGUGCGAUAUGCUUCUAUAUCAACGAUGACGUCACAGGGCUAACACAUACUGUAGCCUGAACUUGGAGUCGCAGUUUUUGAACUGGAAGCGAUUCUACUCGCCGUAGGCGAGUUUGCUUCAUUCAUAUUCGUCUCCUCAAGCUAAAAGGAAUGUCACACUGCUAACUCUCGCUGAACAAGUAAACAAACUUGAUGAAAAGCACCCAGAUUCACCCCUCAUUAUUCUUAGGGACUUUAACAAAGCUAAAUUCAACCACGAACUCACAAAAUACAAGCAGCACGUUGACUGUCCUACCAGGGAAAACAACAAUCUAGACCACUGCUAUAACACACUAAAUGACGACGCAUACAGUGCUAUCUCCCGUGCAGCUCUGAGCUCGUCUGAUUACUGCUUAAUUCACUUAAUUCCAACAUACAGAAAAAACUUGAAUGUGUCUGUGGUGAAAACAGUGAGGAAGUGGACUUAUGAAGCAAAAUUUGAACUUCAAGACUGUUUAGACUGCACAGAUUGGAGUGUCUUUGAAACUGGCAGUCUAGAUGAAUAUAUGGACUGUGUCACAUCUUAUAUCAGUUUCUGUGAAGAUGUGUGUGUACCAACAAACAUUUCCCACGUUCAAUAACAACAAGCCUAAUUCAUGUGCGUUUGAGACGACAAACGAGAUCCCUACAUAAUACACAUAGUCACAACAUGAGAAAAGAUUUACCAAACCAUGUGUUUGUCUUCUUGUCUUGCAGACAUCAUCGAAGAUCUUCGUACUAAGCGGCAAGAGCCAGAGCCCCCUCACAUUAAAGAGGAAGUGGAGGACGAAGUGGUCCACAUAAAAAAGGAAGAGGAGCCCAUUUUGAUGAAAAAAGAGGAGGCAGAAGCACACCCCCACAUCAAACAGGAAGAGGAGGAGGAGGAUAUCGGCAAGUUUCCAUCAACUGGUGUUCCUUUAAAGAGUGAAGAUGAAGGUCAAGGUGAGGAGAGCAGAGGGGCGGAGCCUCCAGGCAGCAGCUCAAGUCAACACAUGACAACAGAAGGUGAUGGAGACCACUGUGGAGGAUCACAACUAGACGGCCUCUUAGCGCCACUAUCAGAUAGUGACGACAUGAUGUCGCACUCUACUCACACUGAUGAUGGACAGUCUGAAGUUGAUAUGACAUUUCAAACUGACAACAAUCGAUGGAAAUGUUCUCAGUGUGGGAAAACAUUUGCUAAUAAGAGUAGUUUGAAACAACACAGGAGAACACACACUGGUGAGAAACCUUUUUCCUGCUCACUUUGUGGUCAAAGAUUCUCUGUGAAGGGAAGCUUAAAAACACACACAAGAUUGCACACUGGUGAGAAACCUUUUUCCUGCUCAAUUUGUGGUCAAAGGUUCUCUGUGAAGGGAAGCUUAAAAAUACACACAAGAUUCCACACCGGUGAGAAACCUUUUUCCUGCUCAGAUUGUGGUCAAAGAUUCUCUAAAAAGGCAAAUUUAGAAAUACACACCAGAACACACACUGGAGAGAAACCUUUUUCCUGCUCAGUUUGUGGUAAAAGAUUCACAGCGAAGUCAGAUUUAAAUAAACACGCAAGAACCCACACUGGUGAGAAACCUUAUUCCUGCUCAGUUUGUGGUCAAAAAUUCUCUGAAAAGAGAAGUUUAAAAAUACACGCAAGAGGCCACAGUGGUGAGAAACCUUUUUCCUGCUCAGUUUGUGGCCAAAGAUGCUCUUAUAAGUAUCAGGCUAAUACACACAAGUGUGCUGGUGAGAAUAGCAGUGAUCAAGAAGCUUUUAGUGAAAAUGUACGUUUAAUCUAAAAAGUAAUUGCUACUGACUUGCAAAAAUCUAAAUUCUUGUAUUAUGGGUACCAACUGUUCGACACUAUUGUUGUCCAAAUAGGUUCUAAAACCCCCGCGAGUGUUUAGAAUUAACACUAGUGCCAAAAUAAUUUCAAGGGACUAGUUAAAAGUGAGAACAUGGGCACUUAUUCCAUAGUGCUGGACUCAAAAAUGUCUACAGAAACAAAGCCCUCCAAAAUACACUGUCGUCAUUUUAGAAUCAUUUACUGAUAAAAUAUUUGAUUUUCAGGCAGAUUUUUGCCCACCCACAUUUUGGACAUGUCACAGCAGGAGCCAAUUACAUUUCCUCAUUGAACCUCUGUUUUCCAUGGUGUAAUUUUUGCACAUUGAAAGUCUGGGUGUAUUUUUUUUUUAAAUAAUAAUGAGUAAAAAUAGUGAUUGUGAAAUUCAAAUGACUCCUUGAGAAAAGAUAACGAUGUCAUCCUACAUAAAGUAAAUCUUGCAGAUUUAUUUCCUCAUACGUUGGCUCAAUUUUGAAUUGAUGGCACCACAAAUGUAUAGUAUACAGUGGGGCAAAAAAGUAUUUAAGUAGGAGAGAGGCCUGUAAUUUUCAUAAUAGGUAUACCUCCCCUAUGAGAGACAAAAUGAGAGUUAAAAAAUCUCCAGAAAAUCAGAUUGUCUUUUUAAAUAAUUUAUUAGCAAAUUAUGGUGGAAAAUAAAUAUUUGGUCAAUAACAAAAGCUCAUCUCAAUACCCUUUGUUGGCAAUGACAGAGGUCAAAAAUUUUCUGUAAGUUUUCAAACACUGUUGCUGGUAUUUUGGCCCAUUCCUCCAUGUAGAUCUCCCCUAGAGCAGUGAUGUUUUGGGGCUGUCGUUGGGCAACACAGACUUUGAACUCCCUCCAAAGAUUUUCUAUGGGGUUGAGAUCUGGAGACUGACUAGGACACUACAGGACUUGGAAAUGCUUCUUCCGAAGCCACUCCUUCAUUGCCCGGGCGGCGUGUUUGGGAUCAUUGUCAUGCAGAAAGACCAUCUUCCACCACCAUCAAAGACCAUUUCUUCUUCAAUGCCAUUGUUGGUGGAAAGAGGUUCAGAUUUCAUCUUCAAUGCCACUGCUGGUGGAAGGAAAACUCAACGACAAGUUGAGUUUUUACCAAAAAGUUCUAUUUUGGUUUCAUCUGACCAUAUGACAUUCUCCCAAUCCUCUUCUGGAUCAUCCAAAUUCUCUCUAGCAAAUGUCAGACGGGCCUUGACAUUUACUGGCUUAAGCAGUAGGAGAUUAUCAGUGGUCUUGUAUGUCUACCAUUUUCAAAUAAUUGCUCCCACAGUGGAUUUCUUCACACAAAGCUGCUUACCUAUUGCAGAUUCAGUCUUCCCGCCCUGGUUCAGGUCUACAAUUUUGUUUCUGGUGUCCUUUGACAGCACUUUGGUCUUGGUCAUAGUGGCGCUUGGAGUGUGACUGUUUCAGGUUGUGGACAGGUGUCUUUUAUACUGAUAACGAGUUCAAAUAGGUGCCAUGAAUACAGGUAACAAGUGGAGGACAGAGGAGCCUCUUAAAGAAGUUGUUACAGGUCUGUGAGAGCCAGAAAUCUUGCUUAGUUGGCAGUGAGCAAAUACUUAUUUUCCACCAUAAUUUGCCAAUAAAUUCUUUAAAAAGCUGAUUUUUUUUUCCUUUUUCCUCAUUUUGUCUCUCAUAGGUGAGGUAUACCUAUGAUGAAAAUUAUAAGCCUCUCAUCUUUUUAAGUGGGAGAACUUGCAGAAUUGGUGGCUGACUAAAUACUUUUUUGCCCCACUAUAUGUGUAAAUGUAUGUAUAGAUCACAAAGGCGUUUCUGUAGACGGCAUUGUGUGACAGAUGUGGCCGUCAUAACGUCAGAUGACCCAUGAUGGUCUCCUGUCCUGAAACUGCAGCUGAUCUGAUUUGAGCUUACCUGAUCCAUAAAAUCUAAAAUAUUGGGCUGAUUGUUGUAAUAUUUUCAGAGGUUGAAGCUGCCCUGAGUAGAGAUGUCCGUGUAAACUUUGGUGAUGAUUGUUGACAUUUUUUGGAUAUUAAGCCACUUUUAUUGGGUUCAUGCAUGAGGCCUGCAAGGAUGUGGCACUCGCCCGCCAUGUUUGUAUAAUUUUAAUGAUGACACCCUCAUAAAUUUGUGAUUUUCCAGCACAUUAAAUUAGUGUUUGAACAUAAUUUUGGGGUACAAGGUGUUCAUGUGAUGCAAUGAUAUAGGACAGCAACAAAAGAUAUCAUACCAACUUGAACAAAGUGGUGUUUGGAAACUCAAGCAAAUUGUAUUUUUAUUUGUUUUUAUUUCCUUAGAAGUUGACUAAUUACUGCCACUUGAUAGUAUGGUACAUUCCUUUUCCCACAUCAGGUAUGCCAGUGCUUUUCAAUUUUUGAUUUUGGCGAUGAAAAAGAGGCAUUCGAAAGGGAAUUAGUUUUUUACCAAUUGCUCCAAAAUGUAUUGUCAUUUGAAAUGACUACCAGUUUUAUUUUCUUACAAAGAAACAAUACAUAAAAUGAACUUGUUUGUGAAAUAUGGACCUUGAAGACCCAUGCUUUCUUUGAGCAAUGCAUGUUUUGUCAAAUGUUUCAGUUAUGUCAAUAUCAAAUAAGUGAAUGAUUGAUUGAAAUAAGACUGGAAAGAAACUUUGACUUUUGGUGGUAAACUGUAUUUGUAAUCGUUAAUAAAAUACACUCC